AUGGGGUUGCUGGAUAAACUGUCAGGCUGGCUCGGCCUGAGGAAGAAGGAAGUCAAUGUUUUAUGUUUGGGACUGGACAACAGUGGUAAAACUACCAUCAUCAACCAGAUGAAACCACUUAAUCGUUCAAAUUGUUUAGGCCCAUUCUCAGAAGAGUGGAAACAUGUUAGUCAGACACCAGGACAAGAAAUAGUUCCAACAAUUGGCUUCAACAUUGAAAAGUUCAAGAAUUCAAGUCUUUCUUUCACAGUAUUCGACAUGUCUGGCCAAAGUAGAUACAGAAACCUGUGGGAGCACUAUUACAAAGAAAGUCAUGCCAUCAUUUUUGUGAUAGACAGCAGUGACAAACUGAGAAUGGUUGUUGCAAAAGAGGAGUUAGACACUCUUCUCAACCACGCAGAUAUUUGCUGUAAAAAGCUGCCGGUGCUGUUCUUUGCAAAUAAGAUGGAUCUACGAGAUGCCAUGUCAUCUGUCAAGGUCUCUCAGAUGUUGUGUUUGGAGAAUAUCAAAGACAAACCAUGGCACAUCUGCGCUAGCAAUGCUAUCGAGGGAGAAGGCUUACAGGAGGGGAUGGAUUGGCUCCAAGGUCAUAUCAAAACAAUGACCACCUGA